AUGAUAAAUAUCCUGCAUGAAUUCCCAAAAAAUCAAAAUAGCAUUGAUAAGAAAAGACAUAUAUCUGAUCAGAUAUCACCAAAAAGAUGCACCUAUCUUGAACCUCCAAGACUCCAUGCGAAUAGCACUCACAAAAGAUCAAUUUCUGACCAACUCUCGCCUAGAAGAGCUAUUUUACAUGAAAUCCCUAACAAGUCUGAUGAAAUUAAUGACACAAAUAAACAAAACAGAGGCAACAGCAUAGAAAGAGACCAACAAAAAUCAGAAACAAAAAUAGACUUAUCUAAGUUACCCCCUGUAUUCCCAUCUCUUCAUGUCAGAACUAAUCGUUUUCACUUUCAAGACCAUCAAACAUAUAGUGAACAGGUCUCUCCGAUCUCAAAAAAUGACCCAGCUUUCCCAAGUUUCCGACAUAAUGAGCAUUUUCUUACUCCCCCCUCCAAACAAAACCAUUAGAAAAAUCCCUAUUUUUUGCCCAAAAACCCACCCUUCGUUAGCGAAUAAAAAUUUUUUAUGAAAAAAAUUGAUAUAUAAGUGAUAAUUAUUGUAAUGAAACCUCUAGCUAAUUCUGUUUAAUUUUAAACAGCUUACAUUUUAAAACAUAAAUUUUGCAAAUUAAAUUAAUUUUUACAAAUUUGAUUUUUUUAAAAUUUGAAAAAAAAUUAACACCCUUAUGAGCGAUCAAAAAUUUUUUGUACGAUCACGGGGAGAGGAGUUAGUAACGUAAGAAGACCAUCAAUUCCAUUUGACAUGGGAAUGAUAAUAAAUCGCAAAAGGCCGGUAUCAGACCAAGUAUCAUCAAUAAAAUAUAUAGUCAAUGAAGUCCCUAAAUGCCAGUCUUUGAGCGAAAUUGUCCAGUUAAACAAUAUUUGUAAAAAAUUGAUGGAAGAGCAGGAAGAGCUGAAAAAGCAAAUUAAUGACCAAAAAUCAGAAAUUGACCAACUAAAAAGUGAAAAACAAUUGGAGAUUUUGGAAAAUAUAAAAAUUCCAUCAGAAAAUCUUAUUCAUACACACAGAAUAAGAAGAGAAAAUCUUCAAAUUGCAAUUGAUGAAAAUAACCCAAGGCCUAAUAAAGAAGAAAACUGUGAAAAAGCAAAGCAAGAUGAAGCUUUGUUUACCUUUAUGGACUAUGAUCACAAUAUGGGCGAGACUUCACAUUUUGGAUUAGUUGCAGAGCCUCCAAAGUCAAGUCGGUUUCCUAGAGAUGUUUUUGUAAGAAGGGUUAAAAAAUCAAGGGGGUAA